AUGCUGCGGCAAGAGAUUCGACGCUAUGAGCGCACUUUGGAGAAAACAAAGCAAACGCUGGAACGGCAGCAUGACCAAAAUGAAGAUUAUCAUCGAUCUUGUGUAAAGAAACUAUCGCAAAUAAUCGAUAUAAUACAAGAAGUAAAACGUGAGCCUAUUUCGGAGGCGAGAAAGUUACAAAGUGCUUCGUCGCUCUCUUCGCCGGUCUCUACAUCGUCACGUCAGCAGCGGGAAUCAUCAUCUCAUGGACAGCGCAGAGAUCAGAGGCACUCGAUUACACCCAUUCGAUCAAAUGUCUCCAACCGUCAUCCAAAUUCACGGAAUCCAAAAAAUAAUGAAAGACUUGUGGGAGACUUCCGGCGGCCUGUGCAUGCCCAUCCUUCAGUUAAUUCGAGUCCCGACUCAGAGACUUCCAGAAGUAUCUCCAACUCUCGCGCAUUGAUAUUGAGGAGUCGCCAUAUGGGCCAGGAACAUAACUCCAACUCCGGUGACGCAAAUAUACACGAAGAAUUCGAAAUCCAGCCAAAUGCCCUAGUAUUGAGAACAGGGGCCAGAUCCCAAAACCGCCGAACGAGCACAAGUCAGGCUGGAUGUGAGGAAAUCGGCCAAAACUAUCCAGUAUAUCAUGAAUAUGAGGAUAAUUCGCGAGAAAUGUAUUACCUGAGCCGUGCUCCAAGCUAUGUACGAGGCAGUGAAAGUGGAUCGGAUUCCGCUGCACCUAGUGAAAACCAGUUCUCUUCAAAAACUUACAUUCCCAUGCCCCCGUUUGCUAAAGCAGACCUGAAUGAGCUUAGCAGAAGACAAACCAAGAGAACGCAAGGACAAGAGGAGCAUGAAUAG